GUGAAAGCCGCGCGACCACUGUCAAAGGCCGUUCGUUAGCCACGCCGCGAGGAUUCACAAUGCCUCAAGUAACAGCAUUGAGGGCGAUAUCCAAAGCCCAGAAUGGCGUAGGCGCCUUCAUCAUACAAUGCAAACGCAUUGAUUUCCACUACUGCGACUGGUAUGGCAGCUCUCGAGGCAUGAACUCCUUCAUCACAAACGAGCUAUCGAAAUUCGGAAAAGCACACCCCAACAUUGAGAUAACCGUCUCUCCUCGACCGAACAAGCAUCCCAUCAUGGUCGGCCACUACAUCAACGGACACCAAAAGGCAAUCUGUGUGCGGAAUCUGACGAAAGAGCAAGUCCACCAGAAGGCAGACUUGUUACGCAUGGCAAGCGGGGAGAAGAACAGGAAGGUGAUGAGGAAACCGGUCAUCAGCACGAAUGAGAACGUUAGGGGUAUGUGGAGUCCGUUCCAUGCUGGGAGAAAGUACGAAAUAUGAUACAAUGGGAGUAUGCUGCAGAAAGAGAUUGGAGAUUGUACAUAUAUCGGCAUCAAUGGCGCAUGGGUUCUCACGACGGUUGUACAAGUUCAAUACUAUUGUCAAGAGCAUUCCAAUUGUAUGAGUGGUGAGUGCCAUUUGCUAUCGGCACCAUAUACUGUUGGUAUAUGCAGCAAUGCAGCAAUUUGAAGACAAAACUACAAAACCG